GCAUUAAAUUGAGUCCUUGUCUAACCUCAUUUGGCGGGUAGAUGAGAUGCCCAACUGCCAUGAGAUAGAGAACUCUUUGAAAAACAAGCAUAUUAGGGUCCACAACUCUCUGCUACAGCUUAUAACUACUAUAAUUUAUAAGAAACAAUGACACCAUUCUUUCUUUCAAUGCUGCUUUGGUUUUUGUAAUCUGAAAGCACUGGGAGAGAAGGAAAAGAUUGAAAAAAAAAGGAUGGAUGAAUUCAGUUUCCCGACGAUCGUUGGUGAGCCAGAGAACCCCCACAACCCCCCUUUCCCUCACUUUGCCACCUUGCCGGUGUGGUUUGUCACCGGUGCUCAACGACCACAUCAGAGCUCCCCGGAGACUCAGACGGAUUCACAUGCAAGAAAUGAAGAAGAGGAAGAAGACGAGAGUGAGUGUCUUGUUGAUGAGGAGGAAAGGAUGGACAUGUUAUGGGAGGACUUUAAUGAGGAGCUGCACAAAGAUGUUACCAGAGAAGAGAUGAGCUCUAGCUCCGAUGCUGAAUCUGGAAUGGCGCAGCACGGUGCGGUGGAGCUCUGUUGUGUGCCCAAGACCCGAAACAUGCUUCGCCACCAAAGACCGAGCUUGGUGAUAAUGCUGAAGGUGCUGAAGAAACUGAUCUUGAUUCAGAAGACUAGCGCGUCCAAGAAGGCAUCAAUUUAUCAAGUAUGAGUUUUCAAUCUUUCAAAGUAAUUUUCCUUUCUUUCCAAUGUAAUAUACAUAAAUGAGUAAACCAUGGAGGUAUAAAACUCUAAUAUAAUAUCUAGGAAAUUCUGCAUAUACUUAGGAAGAACAAAUGCAUGAGAGUCUAGUUUGGUGUGCCGGUGUGUUGUUAAACCUUUGAUUUCUAAGUAAUGACUGAAGAAGAAGAUGUCUCUGUGUUUUCUAUCUCUAUGAAAAGGAGCCACAUCAUCGAAAAUCUUAGAUUUCUUUGUUUCUUAUUGAAUUUUACCCUUCACGAUCCAAACAAAUUGUAUAUAGUUCUGAACUAAAUUCACGCAACUGAACAGGGCAGGUUAAAACCCAAAUAUUGACAGAAAAUUAAAAGCAGGAAAAAUCAAAGUGGGGAUG